GGCGAGUGCAGGGUGGUGCACGUGGGAGAGGCGCACCGGCGGAGCAUGCUGGCCAAUGGCCUCGGCGCGACGCCCCCGAUGGGGUGGAACAGUUGGAAUCACUUCGCGUGCGACGGCAACGGCGAGGUUGUCAUCGGGGAGACCGCUGAUGCGCUUGUGUCCACCGGGCUCGCCGCUGCCGGCUACAAAUACGUCAAUCUUGAUGAUUGCUGGGCAGAACCCGAACGUGAUGCGAAGGGCAAUCUUGCGGCGAACAAGAAGACGUUCCCCCACGGGAUAAAGGCACUCGCAGACUACGUCCACAGCAAGGGGCUCAAGCUCGGCAUCUACUCCGAUGCUGGAUACAAGACAUGCGCCAAGGCUCAACCCGGAUCCCUCGGCCACGAGGAGCAGGACGCCAAGACCUUUGCGUCCUGGGGCAUCGACUACCUCAAGUACGACAACUGCAACAACGGCGACACGAAGCCGCUGCAGAGGUACCCUGACAUGAGCAAGGCUCUGAUGCAGGCCGGCCGCCCCAUCUUCUUCAACCUCUGCGAAUGGGGCGACAUGCACCCGGCGCGGUGGGGCGCGGCGUACGGCAACAGCUGGAGAACCACCAACGACAUCGAGGACACCUGGGACAGCAUGACGUCGAUGGCGGACCAGAACGAGGUGUGGGCCGAGUACGCGCGCCCCGGCGGCUGGAAUGAUCCGGACAUGCUGGAGGUGGGCAACGGAGGGAUGACCAAUGACGAGUACAUCGUGCACUUCAGCAUCUGGGCGAUCUCAAAGGCGCCUCUGAUCAUCGGCUGCGACGUGAGGCACAUGUCGCAGGACACGUACGACAUCCUCGCCAACAAGGAGGUGAUCGCCGUCAACCAAGAUCCUCUCGGCGUCCAGGGGAAGAAAGUGAGGAUGGAGGGGAGCAGCGAGAUCUGGGCUGCGCCGCUGACGGGGUACAGGACGGCGGUGCUGCUGCUGAACCGGCACGCCAAGGACGAGGCCCAGAUCACGGCGCACUGGGACGACAUCGGCCUCCCCGCCGGCACGGCCGUCGACGCCAGGGACCUCUGGCUGCACAAGACGCUCGACACCAAGUUCACGGACAAGAUGAGCUUCAACGUGACGCCGCACGCGGCCAGGAUGUUCGUGCUCACGCCUCUCAAGUCCCAGAUGGAUUAAGGAAAAACGACAUGGGUUUGAUGCCCGUUCCAAAAUUGAUUAUACAAAUACAGUACAUUUUUUUCCUACUUCUAUUUUUCCGUAAUAUUUUUUUUUGAGCCGAAUUUUCCGUAAUAAUUUGAACCUGGUUUUUAGUGUGUAAUGAUUUUUUUUUAGAACUUCUAGUGUGUAAUAAGGUCUGGGCACUUUCGGUUCAUGGUAAGGUCAAAACUUUUGUGUGGAAAGUUUUACAUGGAGCCAUUCCCGUUAAAUCAA